CCUAUGUAAGCCGCUGUCCCGUAAAUAAGCGCCCUCUCACCCGAAGGCGCCCUCCUGUAGGUCGCCACCCUGCUACAUAUUGCCGCCCUUCUGCUGAUCGGCGUCCUCAUAAUUAUUGGCGCUCUCCUACCUAUUGCGCCCUCAUGUGAAAUUUUCAAGGCCGCCUUUCUCCUUUUUGGCACCCUAUUGUUCAGUGCCGCCCUCCUACCUAUUGGUUCCCUAGUCCUUCCUGUUGAAUGUUAAUCGGGGCCCUUCUCUUAUUGGCGCCCUCGUGUUGAUCGCCGCCCUCCUAACCACUGGCACCCUCCUGUUGAUCACCGCCCUCCUAUCCACUGGUACCUUCCUGUUGACCAGCGCCCUCCGCACAGACGCCCUCCUGUUCGUGUCAUCCUCUUGAGCAAAGGCGCCCUCCUCACCAUUGCCACCCCCAUUUUAAUCGUCACCCUUCCGCUCAUUAACGACUUCCAGUUGAUGACCGCCCUCCCACCUAUUGGCGACCUCUUGUUGAUCGCCACCCUCCUAUUGGUGCUCUCCUGUUCCUCGCCACCCUCUUACCUGGUGGCGCCCUCCUGUUGAUUGUUGAUCGGGGCCCUCCUACCUAUUGGUGCCCUCCUGUUGAUCGCUGCCCUUCUAUCCAUUGGCGCCCUCCUGCUGCUCGCCAACUUCCUACCUAUCGGUGCCCUACUAUCGAAACUCGGGAUGUUGAUCGGGGCUCUCCUACCUAUUAGCGCCCUCCUGUGGAUCGCAGCCCUUCUACCUAUUGGCAACAUCCGUUGAUCGCUGCCCUCUUAUCAUUUAUUUACUCCUUUGGCAUGUUUUUCAACUUAGUCGUUCUAUUGCACAUAGUUGAUGUCUUGCCUGUGAAAACUGCCACAAAUGAACGUGCAUUCAGCACAAUGAAUGAAGUACCUAUACCUACCAAAACUAUCUACGCUCUACGAUGCAUAAAACACGUCUUUGGUCUUAACGGAUUGAUCCUACUUUACGUGCAUCAUGGCGACAUGGCAUCUAUAUGGAUUACGAUUAAGUAUUGUCAACAGGUUCGGCCGCAACAGCAGGCAUCUGAAGUUUCGGUGAUUGAAACUGGUUAUGUGGGUACACUGUAUGCAUCUGUGAGAAGGCUAUGAAGGCUGGUCUGAGGUAAUUUGGAUGAUGUUUACGCAUCUCGCGCUCCGGUAUCAAUCCGAUACGGUGAUCUGGUGCGUAGAUAUGCCACCGCCAAUAAACUUUUAUACAUCGACACCCAUGAGCCAAGCUUUCUAUACACUAUACAGUUUGUGUGGCAGCGGCCCGACCAAACCUUUGGUAUUUUUUACACCUUCAAAUUUGGUAAAAGAGCGAGAGGAGCUUUGAACGGUGAUCGUAUAAAAGGCGUGCCUAAAAAGCGGAGGAAAAGGUUGUUUUCAAAAAUUUCGCGCGCCUUCGGCGCAGCAUUUCAAGAACACUUGACCUUUUGUGAUCUGGAGUAUAAAGAAUACACACGAUGCAAAAUCAAUGCAGCACGACCUAUACGAGGUUACGCAAAAAAAAAACUGGUGGCAUGGUAAAAAACGCCUCCCAACCCCCCCCCCCCCCCCCACCCCGCUGAGCGAUUUUUUAUCUCGCGACCGUAUGGCGCCCUCCUUGGGUGAGGUGGCGCCCUCCAAACCCUUGGCCCCCCCCUUCGCGAUUUUCUAAAUACGCCGCUGCAGCCGCAUGUUUGGUGAGAGGGGUGAGAGGGUAUGCUGCAUUGGUGAGAGGAUUGGGGCAUAAAAGAGAAGCAAUUUGUGUUUGCUGUUAGUUGGUUGUCGGUUAGGUUGAGCCAGAAUAAUGUCUAUCCAUUGACAUCGUCCAAAUAUGAGUUAAGUACGUUGUGAAUUGGAAUCGUCCUGCAAUUCAUUUUCUCAUUCCAAUUCUGUUUUUUUUUUCAGGUACUGGAACGUGCAGUUUAAGUGGUACCACGCAGAAGCUGUUCUUAACACCAGGCUGAAAAAUUUCAAGAGCCAUGCCUAAGAGCAACAAACAAUGGGCGUGGCGCAUAUCAUUUGAUGUUGCUUGUCUUCUCAUAGUGGGCUUCUCUGUGCUAGCGUUUUACCUGGCCGGCCGGCCGUUCGAGCGCGGCUUCUACUGUGACAAUGAGUCGAUCCGGUACCCGUACCACCACGGUACCAUCUCGUCCACCGUACUCUACUCGGUCGGGUUCGCACUCAAUAUGGUGGCGAUGUCGAUAGUGGAGUACUUCCACUGCAAGCACUGCCACCGCCAGAAGACGAUGGAGGUGUGCCGACUGAAGGUGCACCCGUGGUUCUGGGCCAUCUACCAAAUGGUGGGCGUGUUCGCGUUCGGCGCCGCCUGCUCCCAGCUCGCCACCGACAUAGGUAAAUACUCGAUCGGCCGUCUGCGUCCCCACUUUAUCGCCGUGUGCAGGCCGGACGUGCUGGAGAACGGCAGCUGCACCGAUCACACUUACAUCACGAACUUCAAAUGUCUGGGCCCAGACGAAAAGGCCAUCAGGGAGGCGAGGCUAUCGUUCCCGUCCGGCCACGCCUCGUUCUCCUUCUACACGAUGGUGUACCUGGCGCUAUACCUGCAGGCGCGGCUGACGUGGCGCGCCACCAAGCUGUUGCGGCCGUUCCUGCAGUUCGUCUGCCUGAUGCUGUGCUGGUACACGGCUCUCAGCCGCGUCUCCGACUACAAGCACCACCCGACUGACGUGCUGGCCGGAGCCGUGCUCGGCGCCAUCGUGGCAGUGCUCGUGGCUGUAUUCGUCUCUGGCAUGUUCAAGAGGCGGUGCGCCGCUGCCGACAUCGCGCCCGUCUCCAGACAAAACACCGUCAACAACUCUGAGCCGCUGCAGCCGGUCUAGGGGGCGCCAGACGGGCCCUGCCGUGUCCGCAGGCUGUCCCCGCCUGUCUUUGGUAGUGUUCGCUGGUUGACGGCGAUUUCAUUGUCUGGCUAGCGGACGCCAGGUCCUUGCCGAUGGGCCGCGGUUGUUGAACAGUGUUUUGUCGAACAGUGUUUUUGGCAGGAGUUCGGUCUCCAAGAAGCGGUGUGCGAGGAGGCGAAAGGUCGUGGAGCCUGGCACCACAUUGUGUAUUACAGUGAUGUGCAGAGAGAGGUACAGCAAUAUUCGGCUCAACUUGCUAACGACAACAUUACUCCAUUCUCCGACGAAGAAGCUAAAUUCCUGCCUCAACGGAGCUUCAACGGUUGAAAUUGAAUCAUAUGUUAAAGAUGCGAAAUUAAAGGCUUUCUGCAGUUAUCGUCACUACUAAGAACGUGUCAGCUGCGAAAUUGCAAGCAUUUCUUGGCUUACUUGUCGUUCGGUGUGUGGAGGUGCGGCAAACUGUUCAAUUAUAGCUAUUGAAUGCAAAAAUGUACACUUUCGCAUGAAGUUGUUACGGAUUCGUCCGCAUGGGUCGUCUAAAAGGCUUAUGUGUUUGGCCUUUGCACGUCAAGUGUAUGACCAUUUGCACGUAGUUAGUGGAAGAAACACCGGUCGAUACCAGAGGUGCAGGCCUGGGCUUGGUAGGAUGGAUUCAACGAACAGCUUACACUGUACUAAGCUUCCGUUCGGUGCUUGGUUUCAACCAUUUGUAACUUGUAAGUGUACGUGUAACUUGUAAUGUCACUUGACAGACUACCUGAUCAGUGAUAGUGUUCUGAUAUGGUUUGUUAGCGUCGUUGUUUACUAAUCAUCUCACAGUAGUUUGUCCUUUGUGACUGUGCGUGUUAUAAACAUAACAAGGAUCAGGUCCCAUAGCAGUAGAACAGCUGUAUGGAGAUGUAGCAUGUUGACAGCGAGCUUAUAUUCGCUAUAUCGUGUUCGUCUGCCACUCAGGACUUUGCGUUGAUUUCGUUCAGCAGUGUCAGCUCCUUUCGUGACUGCCACUUCCAUUCUCCGAGUAGCUUUUCUAUUCCCUAUCGAUGAUCAUGUACUGGAUGAUUCAUAAGUAUUUCCAAUUUUGACACAAUGUAUUGGUGUUAAUUCAUAUGGUUAGUGCAGCUAAGUUUUCACGGAAGCGACCGUAUUUUUCGUUUUAUUUCGGCGAUUUGAUUCGCAGUCUGUGAGCUUGGUUGUGGGAGCGUCAGAGAAAGCGACGUUUGCUAUGUGAACCUAAACAUGUUUGAUCGUAAUAAGCGUAGUGCCUUUUAUGCCGUAAGAUUGUUAUCGUUAGUAAACUGAUGAAUGCGAGCAAGUUUUUGGGGUUCGAGUAUUUAUGGAGACCAAGCUGGCUCUUUUCAGAAAAAAAAGAAGAGUUGUGUCAUUUGAUAUCGGAGGCAAAUAACAGAAGAUGAGAUGAGCAUGUUAAAAUAUGAAUUUUGCCUCAUGAUGUGGUGGCCUGACUAUGAUGUGAUAAUUUCGGCCUUUUGGAGAAGGGAUGUUGAAGGUGUUUUGUGAUGGCUCUGAUAAGAGCUUGGUCAAUUGUCAUGGUGCCCGCUUGUGAGCCGGAGUUGGCUGAUUUACGUUUCUGGCAAAUAUCGUUUUUUGAAUAAGGUUCCGUGGUGCCGAGGAGCCAUGCUUUGAAACUGAUUAGGGUGAAGGAUAGCUUACCUUGGUCGCGCUGGAUGAAUGAAGCAGCAUUUUUUAUUUUGCCUAUGUAGAGGGUGACCUUGAGCGGUGUCAUUGGUUUUGUGUUUGCAAGUAAACAUUUAUUGUUUGCGGCUUUUGACGUUACCAAAUACAAAAUGCAUAUGUUUUCUCAACAAC